AUGCUUAAAGCUUCAUCGACUGACAUACAGUUGGGUAUAAGGCUCAUAAUCAUUCGCUUCAAAAAGGAACGCUUGGCAACACCUCCGAUCGCCCAUUGGUUGCUAGAUAUUCUUCAGAUGUGUGUGCUUCAUUGUACACAGGAGUUUUUAGUGGCCAUAAACGAUAUGGAAGUUUUGGAAACAUUUCGCGAAGUGCUAACUAACCGCUACGAUGAUGUCGUCUGCCUGAAGUUGUCUACGCUGUUAAAGUCAUGGCAUGAACAAUUCAACUUCGCUUACCCUGAUUCGGACUUCAAGAGAACUUGCGAGGUUGAAUCAACUCGUGGGAAGCCCACUAAUCUUCAUUGGUUUCCGAACCGCAAUAUAGCGAAAGAAGAAGACCCAGAGAAGCAGGCGAAUAUGACCCUUCAGUUAGUGGAAGCUGAUCUGCGGUUUUGGGAGGACAUCGUGCAACACACCGGCCUUUCACAGGAAUCACUGCAAGGCCUUCGUAAGGUGCAAUUUGAUGUUCAUCAAACAAUUAGAAAUUUAGAGAGGAAGCCGGGAACUGUGUCGUCUCGCACGGGUGACCACGGCUCCGCCCUUCGAAGCGACGCAUUUCAAUUCGAAGGAGGAAACCGCGGCCCUGACCGCCAAUCCGCACAACUAGCCGCAUGA